AUGUUCAAGGAAAAUGAAGUAAUAGUUCAUAAGAACAAAGAAGAAAUAUUCGUAGGGAAGAUGUAUUAUAAUGGACUUUAUACUAGUAGAGAGGAACAAGAAGCUGAUAGAGUGGCACAAAAAAUUGAGGGAUCUAUGUAUAGAGAACAUGAAGGAGUUGUCCAUGGAAGUAUUAGAAAUAAAAUUAAUCAAAAGACAGAAUUUAGCUUAUCGAGACAUUAUUGCCAGAGAACUAUUCUGGCGUGUACAAAAGGUUUACAAUACGCCUUUCCAUUCAGCUCAGUAUGCAAAAAAUUAUACGUAACGCGAGCUACAGCCUUGAAAAACUUGGAAUCGUACGAGCACGGUAUAAUGGAUAUUGAGAGAGCUAUGAAAAUAGAUACUUCUUCGUUCCAUUCAAUGGACUUGAAGACGAUGAAAACGGAGUUAAUGACUCUUUUCGGAAACGCUUGUACAGCGGGCGAAAAAGUCUCACAAGCCUUACACGAACGUUCUCCUAAAUUGCACAAGGAGAUUCGACUAGAUUAUGAUCCAAACACUGGGCGACAUUUCUUCAAAGCAGUGACAAGUAUUUUGACUGGGGAUGUUAUUUUAAUCGAGAAGGCACUAGUGUCGCAACUCGUGACACAUAAAUCUCGCAACGCCUGUCACCAUUGUACCAAAUACUGUGAAGCAUUGAUUCCAUGCGAAUACUGUCCCCUCCUUACAUAUUGCUCCGAAGAGUGUCGCAAGGAAGCUUUUAACGAGUAUCAUCAAUUCGAAUGUGGACUUCAUGAUCUUUCUGUCAUCGACCAAUGUGCAAUUAAACUGCUUGUAAAGCUGACGAAGAAUGCCUGUUACGUAAAAAAUGCAGUCAAAUAUUGCGAGGAAUUGAAAAAUAUCAGUGAAACGUCAACAAGGGAACUUUGGAAUAUGGAAAAAUUGAUAGUGGACAAUUUCAUGUCAAUUCUUGAUUUGAGUACUUCAAUGGAAAAUGUCAUGGCAUACCCUAUGCGGAAACAUCGUAUUUCGGUGGCAUUAGCUAUGUUAUUGCGAAAACAAAUUCCCAAUUAUAUACAAGACAAUUUGGUGGACGUUUUGGGUCUUGUGAAUCUGAUCUGCAGGGCAUCCUAUAUCGCAGAUACAUAUCAUUUUCAAGAUGAUAUAUCAUGUAUCAAGCGUGAACAUAUUAUGGCAGAAAAUAUAUUCAGGCUGCUUAGUUUCACCACUCAUUCUUGUUGUGCGAACACUGUACAUACGAUAGAAAAAGAUAACGUGAUUGUUCUGCGUGCAGCUAAAGAUAUAAAACAAGAUGAAAACAUAACCUUCAAUUUCUUAACUACAAGAUCUUGUUACAAAGGAUUUUUGGAACGAGAUGUGCUAUGGAAACAACGUACAGGUAGGGCUUGCGAAUGCGAGGUUUGCUGUUUGAAAUAUGAUUUUGAUUCCAAGAUUAAGAAGAAACUAGAUAUACCUGAGGAAGUAAGAAAACAUCUGCAAGAAAAUCCAACUAAUGUUGAGUACUUGUGGGAAUUAUUGAAAAUAAUUAAUAAUCACAUAAGCGAGCCGUGUAUAGAAGCAGAGGUGAUUAAAUAUGCCAUAUCUGAUGCGUAUCGGGGAAUAGAGGAGCCU